AUGUAUCACCUAAGAAAAGAAGACCCACCUCGAAUUCAAAAAGAAAUUUUAUCACGCACAAAUCAAUACUACAUCGCCCAGGUAAAUCAAAUGGAAAUCAAAAUCAGUGAACUUAAAGCUCAGCUUGAAGCUAAAAAUAAGGAAAUUCAAUAUCUCACAAAUAAGUUAGAAAGAGCAGAAGAGCAUGCCCAAAUGCGUUUGAAAGAAGAAAUUUCAGCGUCAAACCGAACAGUAAAGGAGCUGGAAACAAAAAUUGCUAUAUUAGAAGAAGAAAAUCGGCAGCUGAAACUUCAAGUCAAUCACAAUCAAGAUCAAUCUGAUAUCAAAAUUGAGCUGGAAUAUGCACUUAGGAUGAAACAAAUUUUCGAAGAAAAAUACCGUGAAGCGAAAUCACUGCAGCUCAGAGCUGAUAUGAAAAGAGAAACUCAAAGCCAAGAGCCACGUUCGAGUUUAAAUAAAAGCCAGCUUUUCGAUCUUCAGCAAGAGUUGGAAAAUGCUCAUAAGGAAAAAGAGAAAGCACAGAGGCAUGCAAGUUUAACUGAUGAAGAAAAUAAAAAAUUGCAUAAAAAAGUUGAAGAGCUAGAUAAAACCAAUGCAGAAUUAAAUAGAAAAUAUAUAACCUCUUUAUUGAAAAUCAGAGAUCUAGAAAGCAGGACUUCUCUAGAAAAUAGCCAGCAAGUUGAAGAGGACUCACAAGCUAAAAAUGUUGACCUAAAGAUCAACACUUUUAUGCAGGAAGAAACUAUGCUGAAAAAAACUCCCAAAAUUGUCCUCCCAAAAACAGUUUUAUCAUCUGCACCUCAGAAAACAAUAAAUUUAAUUAAAAACACAAAGGAAAUGGCUUUUGCUAGACCAAUUAAAACUAUAAAAGAUAGAAGAGAAGCUAGUCACCAUCAAACUAACCAACCUAAUUCAGAGCCACCAAAAACUUCUUCUAUCUAUGCUCAAGCCAUUCAUAAAGGCUUAAGCGUUUUCAAUCAAAUUCCUAAACCCUUAACAAGUAGCACUAAAUCAAUCCAAAAUAAAAAGACAGUAAAAUUCCCUGAUGUUGUGGUAAAUAAUACCAAAAAUGAUUUUUCUACAUUGAAGAGAAACCAAAACUCAUCACAAAGUUCCUCGCCAAAAACUAGCAUUUUUGGAAGUCCUGGGAUCUUAAAAAACAAACAAAGUAGCAUCGAGAAGCAAAUUGUGCCAAAUUUCACCAUAACCCUAGAUAAAUCUUCAAGCAAUGAUACAUUUGGUGAUGAGUUCCCUGAUGAGGACGAGCUUAACACCUAA